AAUAGAGGAGAUGAUUGUUUAAUGCACACCAACUCAAUAAAAACAUCCACCGUUCCUGCCUCCCAUUUCUUUCUGAGGAACAGAAUAAAAAGAAAGCGAGAGCGAGCAUUCCCUCGCGCUGGUGUCAGAACUGGCGGGCCAGCCCACCUAUACCCAUCAUUGACCCAUCCCAGCUUGCUAAUCCUUCCUUAUGUACCAUCAACAAGUGCAGUAGGUAGUUCUUCUUUCCAAGCAAGAAAUGGCCGAUCCCAGAUUUCCAUUUGGUUCUUUUGAAUUCUCUAUAGCAACUACUCUAAUCAUUUUCGUCAAUCUCUAUUUGGGUGUCUUUGCUUCGUCUUUACGAGACCCAGUUGCCCAGCAACAUCUAGACAGGGUCCAAAAGUUGCCUGGCCAGAACUUCGAUGUAAAUUUUGCUCACUACUCUGGCUAUGUCACUGUCAAUGAAAAAUAUGGGAGGGCUCUUUUUUACUGGCUUGUUGAAGCUGUCGAGGAUCCUCAAUCCAAGCCUCUUCUUCUUUGGCUUAAUGGAGGACCUGGAUGUUCCUCCAUUGCUUAUGGAAUGGCAGAGGAAAUAGGACCGUUUCAUAUUAAGCCAGAUGGAAAGACCCUUUACUUGAAUCCUUAUUCCUGGAAUCAAGUGGCCAAUAUUUUGUUUCUUGAUUCCCCGGUUGGAGUUGGAUAUUCAUAUUCAAACACUUCUUCCGAUCUGUUGAACAAUGGUGACAAAAAGACCGCUGCGGACUCACUAGCUUUCUUGCUGAAUUGGUUUGAACGCUUCCCCCAAUACAAAGGAAGGGACUUCUACAUUACAGGGGAGAGCUAUGCAGGGCAUUAUGUUCCUCAGCUGAGUCAAGCCAUUGUACGGUACAACCAAGCGACAAAGGAUGAGAAAAUUAAUCUGAGGAGUUAUAUGGUUGGAAAUGCACUGACUGAUGAUUAUCACGACCAUUUGGGACUUUUCCAAUUUAUGUGGGCAGCUGGCUUGAUUUCUGACCAAACAUACAAGAAACUUAAUCUUUUGUGUGAUUUUGAAUCAUUUAUCCAUAGCUCAGUCGCUUGUGAUAAGAUGGAGGACAUUGCAACCAAAGAACUUGGAAACAUUGAUCCAUACAGCAUCUUCACUCCUUCCUGCUCUGCUAAUGUUAGCCAGUCUAAUUUGUUGCCUAAAAGAAAGCAUAGGGUUGGUCGUGUCAGUGAGAAGUAUGAUCCCUGUACUGAGACACAUACAACUGUAUAUUUCAAUCUACCUGAGGUUCAGAAGGCAUUACAUGUUUCACCAGAGUUUGCACCAGCUAGAUGGGAGACCUGCAGUGAAGUGGUAAAUAUUAACUGGAAGGAUUCUCCUAGGACAGUGCUGGACAUUUAUAAAGAACUCAUACAUUCAGGACUUCAUGUGUGGGUGUUCAGUGGUGAUACAGAUGCCGUUAUCCCAGUUACAUCCACCCGCUACAGCAUAGAUGCUCUGAAACUUCCUACUGUCAAACCUUGGGGUGCCUGGUAUGAUGAUGGACAGGUGGGAGGAUGGACCCAAGAGUAUGCUGGACUUACCUUCGUUGUGGUGAGAGGAGCAGGCCAUGAAGUGCCUCUGCAUAAACCCAAACAAGCUCUCACACUCGUCAAAGCCUUCUUAUCAGGAACUCCAAUGCCAACCCUUCAACUAGUCAGCGACUCUUGAUGUCGCCGUGCCCUUUUGGCGGUUAAUUCCACGAUCCAAAGUAAUUCCAGGGGAUGUCAUUUUUCCAGGGGGCUACAUUUUUCUUGCUGCAAAUCCAAGAUAAUCUACGACCAGGGUGUGGAUUAAUGUUAUGAACAACUUUCUCCUCCAAAGAGAAGGGGCCAAGUUCAAAUCCACCCUUUACAAUACCAUCAAAAUAAAAGUUUAUUCACUUAUGAUUCACUUGAAUUGGAGAUGAAGCGUUAAAAAUUCAAUUUCAAUUCUGCCUGCAAGUUGCUUCCUCCAUUUCGCUACUGUUGUUUCAAUGUCAUGGAACCUUUUUUUAUUUA